GCGAGGGAGGGCGAGGGCGAGGGCAGGGCCUGGCGCGGCGCCGGGCAGCGCGGCUGCAUGAGGUUGAUGCUGCUGUGCUGCACCUGGAGGGACGAGCCUAUGGGAGAGGACGAAGGGACCGACCUGCCGGUGUGUGCGAGCUGCGGGCAGGGCAUCUACGAUGGGCAGUACCUGCAGGCGCUGAGCGCCGACUGGCACGCCGACUGCUUCAGGUGCUGCGAGUGCGGGGCCUCCCUGUCCCACCAGUACUACGAGAAGGAUGGGCGCCUGUACUGCAAGAAGGAUUACUGGGCGCGCUUCGGGGAGCUCUGCCACGGCUGCUCCGAGCAGAUCACCAAGGGGCUGGUCAUGGUGGCCGGGGAGCAGAAGUACCACCCCGAGUGCUUCAGCUGCCUCAACUGCCGCACGUUCAUUGGGGACGGGGACACCUACGCGCUGGUGGAGCGCUCCAAGCUUUACUGCGGGCACUGCUAUUACCAGAUGGUGGUGACACCGGUCAUCGAGCAGAUCCUGCCGGAUUCACCAGCUUCCCGCAUCCCGCACACCGUCACGCUCGUCUCCAUCCCAGCCUGCUCCGACGGGAAACGCGGCUUCUCCGUCUCCAUCGACCAGGGCUGCGGCACCGAGCACCCCUGCACCGUCCGCGUCCGAGAGGUGGAUCCAGACUGCAUCAGCCCUGACAUGAAGAACUCCAUCCACGUGGGCGACCGCAUCCUGGAGAUCAACGGGACCCCCAUCGGCCACGUCCCCCUGGAUGAGAUCGACCUGCUGAUCCAGGAGACCAGCCGCCUGCUCCAGCUGACCAUCGAGCACGACCCCCACGAGCCCCUUGCCCGCGAAUCGGGGCUUGCCUGCAGCCCCCUGCCCGCCCCGUGCAGCCCCCUGCGCUCCCCAGCCCCCCCGCCCUGCGGGGAGCCCGGCACCAUGCGCCAGCGGACGGUCACGAGGAGCUGCAGCACGGACAAGUCUCCGGGCUCCGGCUCGGUGGGCUCGCCCGCCUCCCAGCGCAAGGACAUCGGGCGCUCCGAGUCGUUGCGCAUCGUCUCCCGUGCCCAUCGCAUCUUCCGCCCCUCCGACCUGAUCCACGGCGAGGUGCUGGGCAAGGGCUGCUUCGGCCAGGCCAUCAAGGUGACACAUCGGGAGACGGGCGAGGUGAUGGUCAUGAAGGAGCUGAUCCGCUUCGAUGAGGAGACGCAGAGGACCUUCCUCAAAGAGGUGAAGGUGAUGCGCUGCCUGGAGCACCCCAACGUGCUGAAGUUCAUCGGGGUGUUGUACAAGGAGAAGAGGCUCAACUUCAUCACAGAGUACAUCAAGGGGGGCACCUUGAGGGGCCUCAUCAAGAGCAUGGACAGCCACUACCCCUGGAGCCAGCGGGUCAGCUUCGCCAAGGACAUCGCCGCUGGCAUGGCCUACCUCCACUCCAUGAACAUCAUCCACCGUGACCUCAACUCUCACAACUGCCUCGUGCGGGAGAACAAGAGCGUGGUGGUGGCUGAUUUUGGGCUGGCGCGGCUGAUGGUGGAUGAGAAGAACCAGCCUGAACAUCUCAAGAAUCUGAAGAAACCGGACCGCAAGAAGCGGUACACGGUGGUGGGGAACCCGUACUGGAUGGCCCCGGAGAUGAUCAAUGGGAGGAGCUACGAUGAGAAGGUGGACAUCUUCUCCUUCGGCAUCGUCCUGUGUGAGAUCAUCGGCCGGGUGAGCGCCGACCCCGACUACCUGCCCCGCACCACUGACUUCGGCCUCAACGUCAGGGGCUUCCUGGACCGCUACUGCCCCCCCGCCUGCCCCCCCAGCUUCUUCCCCAUCGCCGUCUGCUGCUGCGACCUGGACCCGGAAAAGCGGCCGUCCUUCAGCAAGCUGGAGCAGUGGCUGGAAACCCUCCGCAUGCACCUGGAGAUCCACCUACCGCUGAGCUCCCAGCUGGAGCAGCUGGACCGAGCCUUCGGGGAGACGCACCGGCGGGGCGAGGGCGGGCUGCCCGCACCCCCCCGAUAGAGCACCACCCCCCCCCCCACCCACCCCCCUUCUGAAACCGCGGGAGAAGGAGCUGUACCCCACCGCCAGCGUCUUCUCCGGCUGCCGCCGCCCCAGGGGCUGGAUCCCUGGGGCCCCCCCGGAUGAACCCCCCAACUUGUCUCCUCCGCACGGGCUGCUCGCGCCGCUGCCCGCACCGUCCCCAGGAGCUGGCUCUCCCCGGGGCUGCACGGCCCCUGUGCAUCCCCCCCACACGCCGUAGCUCUUACCCCCCAGGACAAGCCCAGCCGGCUGCACCGUGGGGGCCAUCCCGGUGUCCCCAUGUCCCCCCCCGCCCCCCCCACUGCCCUGCCCCAGCUCGCUUCGCCUUCGCACGCCCCGGGGGGGGGGGGGGGGGCUGCGUGGCCGCCGCACCCGCACGAGCCCCGUGGGCUCCCCCAUACAGAGCCGCGGCCUCGCGGUGGUGCCUUGGCUUUCUGUGAACUUGCACUGCGACACAGGAGGGACACCCCGCUUCUUUUUUUUUUUUUUUUGGCAGGGGGGGGUGGUGUACACUGCCUCUGGCCCCCCCUGGGGGGGACGCAGGUCCCGGAGUAGCCUCGUAGCAAUGCCCUCGUCCUCAGCCGGCCCCUCUCACGCUGCUUCUACCGGCACCCUGGGCUCGGGGGGCUGCUGGCACCCCUAGACGAGCGAGGGGUCCGGAGGGGGAGGGAGGAAUGACACCCCCAUAGCGUGGGGACAGGCACGUAGCGGUCCCUGCCACCCCCCACGUCCCUGCUGCCCGUGCUGAUCCAUGACCGCGCAUCCCUGGGGAUGACGGGUGGUCCAGGAGGUGCGGGGAUGCGGCUCGUCUCGGUCCCCUUGACCAGAGGUGGUUGGGGGGGGGGAGGUUUGCGCCACGCGGUGCUUUUCAUGCUCUUUAUUCAGGUUCAUUUUUCUGUAAGAUAUUUAAAGAGAAGAGUUUGUAUUAUUUUUUCAUACAACGUAGCGUUUGCCAUUUGUCACUGCCUCGGUUCUGCUUUCCCGAAGGGAUGAAACUGUGAAGCCUCUCCGCGCACUUUUGCCCGGGAAGUCCAAGGCGAUGUCCUCUCUGGAGGCGGGAAGGGAGCUCAAACUGUGAUGUACCCCGAGCCGUGAGUCAAUAAAUCCUUCCCUGCUCGCU